ACUCCAUUUUCAGGACUUUUAUUCACACAGAAGAAUUGAAUGGCAUUUCUGUAAUUUGGACCCAUCCAUUUCCAAUAUUUCAGGUACCCCUUAUUCUUCAAACUGUUGUGUCCAUUUAUCCUUUCCUUUCCACCAUGUUUGAUUGUUUCUCCAUCACCAAUUCUCCAUAAAACCUCUCUCAAACCAAAAACUCCAUUAACAAAUUAAUUGCAGUUAUAGAAGAGAGAAAAUCUCCACUGAAAAUACUUGAAUAGAAAAAAAAAAAUGGUGGAUGCGAGCGAUAAAUUGACGUAUUUUCAAGCAAUAACUGGUUUAGAAGACACAGAUUUAUGCACAGAGAUUCUAGCAGCGCACAAUUGGGAUCUAGAACUCGCAAUCGCAGCUUUUACAGGAGAUCACAACACUACUUCCGAACAACCUCCCGAUGUCGGUAGCAGUGGUCAAUCACUUCCUACUUCAUCGUCAAACGACGACGUUUUAAGGUCCGAUUCAAACCCUGGAAACCCUAGUUUAGUUUGGAAGGUUAUUACUCUCCCAAUUUCUGUUGUUUCUGGAAGUCUAGGGUUGAUUUCCGGCGCUGUUGGGCUUGGAAUAUGGGCCGCAGGUGGAGUUUUAUCUUAUUCUCUUGGGAUGUUGGGCCUGGGGGCCCGUCGUGGGUUGGAUUCAUCAGGUAGCCCAUUGAUUCCAGUGUCGAGUUCAGCUGCUGAGGCUAUGGAGUUUGUUGCUACGUUGGAGAGAGAGUAUGGAUUGUCUAUGAGAGUGAAUUUUGUUUCUGAAGGGUUUAUGGAUGCGCUUCAACGGUCGAGGCAUGCGUAUAAGUUGUUGUUUGUUUAUUUGCAUUCACCGGAUCAUCCUGAUACGCCACUGUUUGUGGAGAGAACGUUGGGGAAUGAAGUGUUUUCGGCGUUUGUUAAUGAGAAUUUUGUGGCGUGGGGUGGGAGUAUUCGAGCUAGUGAGGGAUUUAAGAUGAGUAAUAGCUUGAAGGCGUCGAGGUUUCCGUUUUGUGCUGUGGUUAUGGCUGCUACUAAUCAACGGAUUGCUUUGCUUCAGCAGAUUGAGGGCCCAAAAUCUUCUGAAGAGAUGCUCUCUACAUUACAGAGAGUUCUGGAAGAAACUGCACCUGUACUGGUCUCAGCCAGGCUUGAAGCAGAGGAGAGGAGAACCAACAUGCGUUUGAGGGAAGAACAAGAUGCUGCUUACAGGGCAGCAUUAGAAGCUGAUCAGGCAAGAGAGCGGCAGAGGAGAGAAGAGCAAGAGAAGCUCGAGAGGGAACGUGCUGAAGCGGAGCAAAAACUUCGUGAGGAAGAAGAGGCCCGUGAGAGAGAAGCACGUGAAGCAGCUGAAAGAGAAGCUGCCUUAGCUCGUAGGAAGCAGGAAAAGGCUUUGGCUCUAGGUGCCGAACCUGAGAAAGGACCUGAUGUUACUCAAGUUUUGGUGCGAUUUCCAACUGGAGAACGCAGAGACAGGAGAUUCCAUAGCAGUGCAACAAUCCAGUCUAUAUAUGACUAUGUCGAUUCUUUAGAUUGCUCAAACUUGGAGGACUAUAAUCUAGUUUCCAACUUCCCUCGGACAGUAUAUGGCGCAGAAAAGCGUACUUUGACACUGAAAGAAGCAGGCUUGCAUCCUCAAGCGAGUCUUUUCAUGGAGCAAAACUUGUGAGCAAAGAUGUAUUUAUUUGAUCAACAUUGUACGGAACUGAUCAUGUCUCUUUUGUUCAGUAAGUCGAUCAACUUUCUGAUAAUUAUAAUGCAGUGUAUUUUUCUUUAAAAUGCUAAGGUAACAAAUUUGUCUCGAGUAGAAGGUGGAUUCAAUAAGGAAUGAUCAUUCUAUUACCAAUCCCAAUAUCUUGGUUCCGAGGGAAUCUUUAGAUAUCCUUUGGCUAAAGAGGAAGUAAACAUACAAUCAUAUGAUAGAAUCUGCUGUUUAUCUUUACUUUAA